UGUACGAAUCUGAAUCUGCGUUUUUGGUGUGUUUGUUGAAAUGCUGUACUGUGGUUCUGUGGUUCUGUGUUGGUUAGGACUGUCGUUCUGCUGCCGUACGGAUGAGAUUUAAGAUUCUGGGCAUGGGCUCUGCUUCAGCUGUUGAUUUAAUAGAGGCCUCCUCUGGCGUGCAUUUUUCUGGACUUCUUAUGGAUAGAAAACAACAAAAUGGACAUACAAGGAGCUUGAUGUCAGAAACUGAAAAAUUUCAUAAACAACCGUUUGUCAUUGGGGUUGCUGGUGGUGCGGCCUCUGGAAAGACAACAGUUUGUGAUAUGAUCAUUCAUCAACUUCAUGACCAGCGAGUCGUUCUUGUAAACCAGGAUUCUUUCUAUCAUAAUUUAACUCCCGAGGAACUUACACAAGUACAUGAAUACAACUUUGACCAUCCCGAUGCAUUUGACACAGAGGAACUUUUAAGUUCAAUGGAUAAAUUGAGGCAUGGGGAGCCUGUAGAUAUUCCAAAAUAUGACUUCAAGAGUUACAAAAAUAACGUGUUUCCACCAAGAAGGGUUAACCCUGCGGAUGUUAUUAUUUUGGAAGGAAUUCUUGUUUUCCAUGACCCUCGCGUUCGAGAACUGAUGAAUAUGAAGAUAUUUGUUGAUACAGAUGCUGAUGUUCGUUUGGCGAGAAGGAUAAGGCGUGAUACUGUGGAGAAGGCUAGAGACAUAGCUGCAGUACUUGAUCAGUAUUCAAAAUUUGUGAAGCCUGCUUUUGAUGACUUCAUACUUCCUACAAAGAAGUAUGCUGAUAUCAUCAUUCCCAGAGGAGGUGAUAAUCAUGUAGCCAUUGAUUUGAUUGUACAACAUAUUCGCACAAAGCUUGGACAGCAUGAUCUUUGUAAAAUAUACCCUAAUUUAUAUGUCAUCCAGUCAACCUUUCAGAUAAGAGGUAUGCAUACAUUAAUUCGAGAUGCUAAAACUACAAAGCAUGAUUUUGUGUUUUAUGCUGAUCGAUUGAUUCGACUGGUUGUUGAGCAUGGUCUGGGACAUUUACCAUUCACAGAAAAGCAGGUGACCUCUCCAACUGGAUCUGUAUAUAGUGGUGUUGAUUUCUGCAAGAGGUUAUGUGGUGUCUCUGUCAUCAGGAGUGGUGAGAGUAUGGAAAAUGCUCUGCGGGCAUGUUGUAAAGGGAUAAAAAUUGGAAAGAUUCUCAUUCAUAGGGAGGGUGAUAAUGGUCAACAGUUAAUUUAUGAAAAACUACCCUCGGAUAUCUCCAACAGGCAUGUAUUACUAUUGGAUCCCAUCCUAGGCACAGGAAACUCGGCAGUGCAAGCUAUUUCUUUGCUCAUAAGUAAGGGUGUUCCAGAGCCUAAUAUUAUAUUUCUCAAUCUCAUAUCAGCACCUCAAGGCUUACAUGUGGUGUGUAAACGUUUCCCAAGAAUAAAGAUUGUGACAUCUGAAAUUGAGAUCGGUCUGAAUGGAGAUUUUCGUGUGGUGCCUGGUAUGGGUGAGUUUGGGGACCGGUAUUUUGGAACCGACGAUGAGGAUCAAGUGAGGCCUCUCCACAGUAGUUGUUCUCUCAAGUAA